AUGGCACGUUUUAAAUUUGGUAAAAAGAAAAGGGACGGAUCCGAAGGAUCAGUGAAAUCUUCAAUUGAUUUCCCUAGACGUAGUUACAGUACAGGCGGCGGACAAAUUGAUAGCCCGCAACCGUACGUUUCCUCACCCGUGCAACAACACCAACCGGAAUACCAGCAACAAGGAUCACCUCAGAUUCCUACAUUUAGCAAGACAGAUGUUGAUGCAGAACAACAGCAACAACAACAACAAGAUGUCGGUAUCGUAGGAAGUACCUAUGUCACCCCCAACCCACAGUUUGACUCUACUUUGGACCCUAAGCUCACUAAGGGACUCGGCGCUAGUGCUGAGAGUAAUAGCUCUAAAUUAUCCCCCUGGAAAAGACAUAAACUUUUCAAUUCUCCCUUCCCUAGGUACAGACAUGCUGCCCUGACUUUCUCGUCUGACAAGAACGAAAUCUUCCUUAUGGGUGGGUUGAAGGAGGGAUCGGUCUUUGGUGAUACCUGGAAGAUUACCCCUGAAUUGGAUGAGAAUAAGAAUUUAUCCUUCACCACCAAAAACGUGGAAAUCGUCAACAAUACCAACCCCCCAGCAAGAGUGGGUCACUCGUCGGUAUUGUGCGGUAACGCAUUCAUUAUUUACGGUGGUGACACUGUGGACACAGAUUUCAAUGGUUUCCCAGAUAAUAACUUCUAUUUAUUUAAUAUCAACAACAAUAAGUAUACUGUACCACUGCAUAUCUUGAACAAGCCACAUGGAAGAUAUGGACAUACCAUUGGCGUUAUUGCCUUGAAUAACUCCAGCUCAAGGUUGUACUUGUUUGGUGGACAGUUGGAGAAUGACGUUUUCAAUGACUUGUACUAUUUUGAAUUGAACACCUUUAAGCUGCCUAAGGCACGUUGGGAAACAAUUGAGCCCUUAAACAACUUCAAACCACCUCCAUUGACUAACCACUCCAUGUGCGUUCACAAGAAUAGAAUCUAUGUGUUUGGUGGUGUAUAUAACAAUGAAAAAGUUUCCAAUGAUUUGUGGUGUUUUGACGCCAUUAUCAACAAAUGGACUCAAGUUACCACUACUGGUGCCAUUCCAUUACCAGUUAACGAGCAAUCCGCUUGUUUGGUGAACGAUAAGAUGUACAUAUAUGGUGGUAACGAUUUCUCGGGUACAAUAUAUGAUACCUUUUAUGUAUUGGACUUGCACACCUUAGUUUGGCUGAAAUUAAUAGAUAACGAUGACAUUUCGUUUUCCAGCCCUGGUCCAAGAUGUGGGCAUUCCAUGACUUACUUGCAAAGUUUCAAAAAAUUGAUUAUAAUGGGUGGUGAUAAGAAUGAUUACAUCGAUAGCAACCCAAAUAAUUUUGAUACCUACGAAGAUUUCAAUGGUCAAGAAAUUGGCACUAUGAUAUACGAAUUGGAUUUAUUAACGUUGGAUAGCUUCUUAAGUGAUAAGCCAACCAAGGGUAAAAUCAAUGUAUUAAAGAAACCUUCUCCAAAGAAGGAUCUUGCUGCUCCUCCUGCUACUAACGAUGUAAAUGGAAGUUCCACAUUAAUUGAACAACAGCAGUAUCAGACUGUUACUAAUGGACACGAACGUGAGGGUCACCAUAUGAGAAGCUUUUCUACGGGACCCGAGGACUUCAGGACUCCCAAUGCUUCACCAUCUAGAACCAAGGGUACUCACGCAGCACUUGAAACGACAGCAGCCCUUGCAGCUGGAGGAGCUGGACUCGGUGCGCUUGGAUCUACUGCAGUUGGAGCUGAAACAUAUCUUAAUCAUACUAAUGAAGAUAAAUUUGUUGACUUUGACAAUGAAACACAAGAUAGCAAACCAAGUACUAUUCUUCCAGCUCCAUCCUUUGGAGAUGAAAAGCAUGAAAAGAAAGUUUCUAACAACCAAACAUUCCAUAAUGGACAUGCCUCCUUUUUGGAGAAUUAUCAAUACGUUGACAGUGAAGAAAGAAUACGCGGUGUAGAAAGUGAUAAUAGAGCUCACGAAAUUGAGGAAAUUGACCAAAGUGAAAGUGAUCUGAACACUGUACCUGUCAGACAGAUAUCUAUUACUAACUCUGGAAGACGCCGUGCUGGUUCUAGAAGUGGAAAUAAUGGUAGCAGCAGUGGAGUUGAAUCUUCUGAAGUCAAAAAGUUAGUUAACGAAUUAACCGCCGAAUUGACCAAUUUAAAGAAUUCCACCACAGAGCAAAUUAAUGAAGCAUCGUUGAAGAUCGAUUCAUUAGAGAGAGAAAACUCACAAUUGAGAUCUUCAAACGAAAAAUAUCUGAAUUUUGAUGAUGAGAUCAAGAAAUACGAGGCUCAAGUUCAAGAAAGAGAUUCAGUAAUUGCAAGUUUGAAAACUGAAAUUGGGGGAGGUGGCGAACAAGAAGAAGGCGUGGUAACUUCAAAAUCAAUUUCAGAGUUAAACCAACAUAAGCUAGACAAAUUAGAGUUGAAUAAUAAAUUGGUUUAUUUGGAGAAAGAGAAUACAGCUUUAAAUGACAAAUUGGUUAAGUUUGAACCAUUUAUGAAUAAUCAAAUAACCGAUUUGUCCAAUUUCCAAAAACUCAUUAAGGUUCAAGAAGAAAAGAUUGCAAAUUUGUCUAAUCAAGUUAGAGAUCAGCAAGAUUUACAAAAAGAUGUUCUUGAAUGGAAACAUAAAUUUGAAUCUUUAGAAAUUGAAUAUAACAACUACAGAACUAUUAACGCAGAAGAUGAAAUUGAAGUCUCGGAUGAUGAGGCUGAUGCUGACAUCUUGGAACCUCCACAUGGAGGUGCUGAUUCGUCUACUGCUAGAAGUAUUAUGAGCUCUGCCACUGGAAGAAGAUCUAAGAAGGACAUUUCAUCUCAUUUGGAGAAUUUGGUAAACUUAUGGAGCAGGGGCCCUAGUGGAGGCUCAUCUCUUGACCCUAAUGCAUCUAGAGCCUUGGAUCCAAAUGCUUCUGUUUCUACUGAAAAAGAAAUUGACCCUAUUGUUAACAAGUUGCAAAACCAAGUUAAUGAGUUAUUAACCAUCUCCAAGGAACAACAAGCCGGAUCAGCUUCUGAAAUCAAUGAUUUGAGACUGGAAUUGACUGCUAAAUUACAAGCUUUGAAGACUUUCGAAAACAACUACCGUGAUGCUUUACAAUCAGUCAACAACACCAGUAGAGCCUUGGAUUCUACUAAUGUUGAACUAGACAAGCAGAAGGAACUUACCAAGAAGUUAGUCAAGGAAAACGAAGAGUUGAAAUUGUACCAAAAAGCAUCCAAGAGAGUUAGCUCAAGAAAUACCACACCAAUUUCUACGAUUCAAGAAGAUCAAGAAACUGAUGAUAUUGAGAAGAGCGAAGUUCAUGAUGAAGAUUUCAACAGUGCUCAUUACAACAUGAAGAUUCAAGACUUGCAAGCAGACUUGUUCAUCAUGAAACAAGAAAGAGAUCAACUCAAAGAUGAUGUAAAUGCAUUGAAAAAGCAAUUGUAUCUUGCAUCGCAAAGAGAAAGGUCUUGA